GUUUACUGCACUACUAAAUUUGUUUAUGCUUUGUUUCUAUUCGAUACAAUUUUAUUUGAUGCGGUUUCAUAUGGUUUUUGGUUGGAUCCGAUUUCUGCUUGUUGGAAUCUUCAAAACCUGAGAUUUAAAAGAACGGUGGAUUUUUCCGAUCUGAUUCGUCCUACGGUCCAAAAUAUUAAUUCAGCUGCCAAAUAAUUCAUUUUUUGAUUUAUUCGGUUCAGUUAAAACAGAGAGGAGUAUACAUGUGGCCUUAAUUCAAUAGAAACCUAUCUAUUAUACCUUUCUUUGCUGGGAUCAAGAAUUUUUGUUAAAUGACGAAAUCUUUUCUUUAAAUUAUGAAUUUAUAUUCAAAUAUUAAGCUUGCAAGUAGUGGAUUAAAAUCAUGGAGGAGAAUUAAGGUCAUACACUUAAGAUAGGGAGGGAGUGAGCGCCCUUAUCUCGGACAGAGAAGCUCAAUUCUCAUCAAUUCCAGCUCUAAAGAUUGUUGCUUUACCUUAUAAGCGGAAAAAUGGACGUAUUUCAGCUUAUAAGUUAAAGAAACAUAUGGUUGAAUAUCUCAAUGUUGUAUACAAGCUUGCCCUCUUCGCUUUAGCCAAGUCAGUAUCAGGCCAUCCAGAUAUAUGGAAGGUUUACUGGAUGAUAAGCUUUGCAACGUUUGCCAUUUCGUGUUACUGUCUAAAGCUCGUUGUGGAAAGAAAGAGAGCUCAACUUACUCCAAAAUCACAAUUGCUCACUCCAACCGACAGUGAAAAAGUUUGGUUUCUUACUGCAACAGAUGCUUUAGAGUUUCUAUUUCCUCUGUCAUAUCUUCGACUAGCUUUUUUCUAUUUCAUGGAGCUUAAUCCGAUAAAUCAUUCCAUGGAAAAGUAUGGGGAUACACUUGCACAUGCUACAAAAAUAGGUAUUGACGUACUGGCUGUCGUGUUGAUAGUCAUCAGUAUUACUGAGAUACGACGCAAGGCAAAAGUGGAGGAUCAGUUUGUUGUAGAUCCAACAGAACUGGUAAAGGGGGAUGCGAAGAAUGAAUUACCAGUGGUACAGAAGGAUGUGAAAAAUCAAUCAGAUACGUAUGCAAGUCGACCAGAUGUGGCACUUCAAAUGGAUUCUGGGAAUCAAUCUGUUGAAGCCGAUGAUGUAAAACGACAAGAUGUGGCAAUAAAAAUGCAUUCGUUUGGAAUCAUUUUGUUGAAGAGUCAAUUACCAGAAGUGGUACAGAAGGGUGUGAAUUAUCAAGAAUAUGCAUAUGUGAGACGAAAAGAUGUGGCGCCAAUGUAUUCCUUUGGAUAUGUUGAUCCACUGGGAGUGCCAUUAUAUGUGGAUGAUGUGGAGGGUCAAUCAAUUGCAGUUGCAAAUCAACCAGACGUGACUCUACAAAUGAAUGCUAAGAAUCACUCUGUCGCAGAUGCAGAUCCACCAGAAGUGGCAAUACAGAUUGCUGAUGUGGAAAAUCAACCAGAAAUGUCACUACAAAUGGAAGUUGAGAAUCACUCUGUUGCAGAUGCAGAUCGAGUGGCAAUACAGAUUGAUAAUGUGGAAAAUCAACCAGAGGGGGCAAUAUAUAUGGAUGCCGAGAAUCACUCUGCUGCAUGUGUGUGCGUUGCUACCAAUAUAGAAUAUUUGGUUCCAGCAGUGUCUAUUUACGAUGAUAGAUGACGGGGGAGGGAAGCAAAUUUCAUAUUAUCUGUCCAGAGUUAGUAUGUUUUGUAAAUAGUAUUUGAUAUUCUUGCACCGGAACAAAUUAGUAGGAUAUCUGAUUUAUAUAAUUUUUGAGUUUCUGCCUGAACAUAUCCAUUUUCAACGCUCUCUGUUACAAGUUUAGGAUCCUAUCGGGAAUAUGGUUGUUUUCUUUAGAAUAUAGAUAAUUUUGAUAUCAGAACAA